AACGAAGGCCCGGAGGGUGUGCGCGGCUUUCGGCCGCCCGCGCGCCUGCAUCGGGGCGGACGGAGCGCCGGGAUCCGUAGGGCGGCGGUGGCUCGCUUGAGCCUGGGGCAGCUGGAAGCAGAGCGGAGCCGAGCGAGCUCUCCUGCUAUCAUCCGUACAAUGGAAAGGGCACUAUCAACUGUUCCAUGAAGUGAAGACUUCUAUCUUCACAAAUAAAUGAAGGAAGAAGAUACUUACAUUGAUUUUUAUACCAGAGCAGACGGGCCUAAUUUAUCAAAGGUGGCACCAGCAGGGUGCCAAACACAGGAGCAAAACUGGUGCUAGGGCAGAAUGAUGAUGGUAGAUCUGAAGGUGGUUGAGCAAUUGGACCCUCAGAUCAAAACUCUGUGGGAGACUAAGGAGCCUGUGACACAGAGCUCCAAUCAAAGUAAGAAAUCUGCACAGACAGACAGUCUGGAUCCCAAGAGUUCUUGCUGGCAUUUCCGGAACUUCCAUUAUCCCAAAAGAGCUGGACCCCGUGAAGCUGUCAUCCAGCUUCAGGAAUUAUGCCGUCUGUGGUUAAGACCAGAGAUUCACUCAAAGGAGGAAAUCUUGGAAUUGCUGGUGCUAGAGCAGUUCCUGACCAUUCUGCCCAGGGAGAUGCAGGCCUGGAUGCAGAAACACCAUCCACAGAGCGUUGAGGAGGCUGUUGACUUGGUGGAACACUUACAAAGGGAAUCUGGUCAAAGGAGGAAUGGGGUUGAAAUCCAUGAGCUGGGAAAGGAGCCAGUACUUUUGGGAGAAACAGCAGAGGUCCCAGGCUUAAAGGUGAAGCCAGCAGAGUCUCAAUCAGAAGGCAAGUCUCAGGAUGAAGAACUUCCGAAUACAUACCAGGGUAUACAAGAACAUCUGAGCAGGAGUAUUUGUAAAGAAACGGAGUCUGUAUUUGAGAGUGAUGUACUUGCUCAGCAGAGUAUAGUCUUUUCUGAACAGAAAAACACCAAAGACUGGACAUUGGCACCUGAUCUUGUCUUGUCUGAAUCCCAGAGCUUGUUGACAUUUGAAGAAGUAGCCAUGUAUUUUUCCCAGGAAGAAUGGGAGUUAUUGGAUCCCACUCAGAAGGCUCUCUACAAUGAUGUAAUGCAGGAAAACUAUGAGACUGUCAUCUCGCUAGCAUUAUUUGUGCUCCCCAAACCCAAAGUGAUCUCCCGUCUAGAGCACGGGGAAGAGCCAUGGGUUCAAGGAUCCUCAGAGUUUAAAGACUAUCCCAGAGAGUCUCCUACAGCAGGGUUAAAACAAAAAAAAGACACUGAAAAUCAUCAGCCUGUAUCUCUUUCUGACUUGGAAAUACAAGCACCAAGAGAUACAGUAUCAAAAAAGGCCAAAGUGAAAGUUCCCCAGAAAACAAUGGGCAAAGAAAAUCAUGGUGAUACCCACAGAGUAGGGAAAUGGCACCGAGAUUUUUCAGUGAAGAAAAGAAAGAAACUUUCAACAUGGAAACAAGAGCUGCUAAAACUUAUGGACCUUCACAAGAAAGACCGUACAGGAGAAAAGCCUUUUAAAUGCCAGGAAUGUGGGAAAAACUUCAGAGUUAGCUCUGACCUUAUUAAGCACCAAAGAAUUCACACAGAAGAGAAGCCUUAUAAGUGUCAACAGUGUGAUAAGAGGUUUAGAUGGAGUUCAGAUCUUAAUAAGCACUUAACAACACAUCAAGGAAUAAAACCAUAUAAGUGUUCAUGGUGUGGGAAAAGCUUCAGUCAAAAUACAAACCUUCACACACACCAAAGAACUCACACAGGAGAGAAGCCCUUUACAUGUCACGAAUGUGGAAAAAAAUUCAGUCAGAACUCCCACCUCAUUAAACACAGGAGAACCCACACAGGUGAACAGCCUUAUACCUGUGGUAUAUGCAAGAGAAACUUCAGCAGACGGUCAAGCCUUCUUAGACACCAGAAACUCCACCAAUGAAGGGAAGCUUGUCCAGUGUCCUUAUUCUGAAGAAAUUCACCAAAUGGAGUUUGAUACUGAAAAAAUGCAAAAUCAUGAAGCAUGAAGAAUUUUUCCUAAUCAGAAAAUUUGGUACAUAUAUCAUGAUUCAUAGAAAGAUUGACCCAGCCGUGGAUACAUUAGUUGUUCUACUUUUAAUGUCAGGGAAUUCCUUAGCAUAAGAGAUGUUCUAAGAGCAUCUGGAUAAGGGAAAGGGCUCUUUUGGGAUUGUACAUGGAAAAUAGCAAUUUCAGCUUUAGAUAGCAGAUGCAGCCAGUUAGUAGUUCUCUGUGAUGACAGAAGUAAAUACAGAUGGUUUUGCAUUGAUCUCUCCAGUCACUUCAACAUAGUAGAAACAUUUGUAAUAUAGUCUUCCAAGAUGAAAAACUGAACAUUUAUCUAUAUUUAAUUGCAAACUAUUGUCUUCAGGGUAACAGGCUUAACAUUUUCAAUGAUCUUGUGGGGCAGAAAUUAAUUCGAAUGGAAAGUUUUUUCCAGGAGCUAAAUUAGAUUUUUUUCCUUUUUCUUGUCAUUAGACACUGUUCACUAGAGUGGACAUCAUUGGAGUUUCUUGAACUUUUUAGCAACUUAAGCUCUUGAAUCCUUCCUGUUAGCACAAAUUUUACUGUGAUAAAACAAUAUUUACUUCACCACUAGGGAAUCUGCCAGGUGGACUAAUAAUGCACUAUUUAUGCCUCUCAUUGGUGGUGUUUGAAAAAUGGAAAACAUCUUUAAUGAGAGCAUAUGAAAACGGGUUGGAUUUUGUAGCCAUGAAUAUAUAUUAGAUGUAAGGAUUUUCUGUGAUAAAAGUAGACUGUUUCCUUACCUCAAGAUGUCAGGAUAAAGCAGUCAUAAAAAUUAGCACUUGUCCAAGGAUGAAAGAAAGUUUAGGAUCAACUUCUUACAGUUUUUGUUUACUUCUUAAUUUGGCUUUUGUUUCUUAAGAACAAAAGAGUUAAUGUUUGUAUGAGAACUGGAAUGUGUGUGUGCUAUUUGAACAUGUAUUCAGCAGGAGUUUGGGUUCCUAAAAGGAAAGUUUGGUAACUGAUGAUUGGUGUUGGGCAAGUAUAGGUAGAUCUACAUCCAUGUUUGUUAUGUCUCACACUGAAAGUUCUUAAGCAGGGUCCACCUGUCUGUUCUUUCCAGCACAGUAUAGGUGAUAAAUUUGAUGGAUUGCUGUCAGUCUGCAUAGCCUAUGGAUUUUCUUAAAACUGACAAAACAGUAACUCAGGUUUGUUCCUGGUAUGGCUUUUAGGUAUGUCAAGAAAGAGAUUAAGAAAUUGUCUCUUCCUAGUCUCUCUUAAAUGAGAAGUUGAGACUCAAAGAGACGGAGAGCCAGUAUGGUGCAUACCUGUAAUCCCAGCUUCUUGGGAGGCCAAGGCAGGAAGAUCACAAGUUUCAGGCUAGCCUGGGCAAUAGAGAGAUGCUGUCUCAAAAUUUAAAAAGGGCUGUGGAUGUAGUUCAGUGUUAGAGUGCUUAUCUGGCAUAGGUAAGGACCUGGGUUCAAUCCCCAGUACCUCUCCCCCAAACACACAUACAUAGGCUUAAGAACUCAUUGCUAGAGGGUCUGUGGACUAUCACAUAGCAUCAUCUAUCAUAUAUGAAGGCAGGAUUAGUAGGACCAAUUUAUUACGUUAUCCUCACACAGCCAGCCUGAAUAAUGUGUUAUAUUGAAUUCUAGCUUGUAAAACACUUAUGUUUCUUGAUUGGUUUGUGAAACACUCUUGUUGUCUCCAUUUUCUCUCUAAAAUAGAGAUAUCAUUCAAUUCAGGGUUGUUUGGGGAUUAGAUGGAUUGAUGAAAGUACAGCACCUAAAACAGGGUCUUGCCCAUAGAAACAUGGUGAGUAUAUGUUCUUUCCCUUUCCCUUGCUUCCCAGUGGUAAGUUGGACUGGCCAGCUACAUUAAGGAGGCAAAUGGCAUUUGUUGCAACUCCAUUCAGAAACUGAGCACUUAUAGUUAUUAGGCUAAGAUGACUUGAUUCUUGGCUUUAGUGUUUUAUUGUGUACAUCACGAGAACCACCUGAGCUAUUGGUCAGGAGCUCUUGGCAGCGAUUCUGUUUUAUCUCUGAGGUCAGUUGCACCAAGUUUAUUUUCUAAGCACAGCCAGCUCUGAGGCUGUGGUCUGCCUAGUCUUUCAGCCUUAGACCCUUGGGACUUGGACCAUUGUCUCAGGACAUACAUGUAUUUCUUACAGAUACUGCAGUCACUCGGCUCUAUUGUGUUCUGGACGCUGUCCUAGACUCUGAAGAGACAGCAAAGGAGAGAACACAUCCUUUCAUGGAGAUUGUAUUCCAGUGAGUUUAGGAGAAAGGAGGUAAAAAGAAUGGUUUAGCUUUCUUGUUUCUUGCAGUAAGGUAGGAUCAUGAGAGAUUUGGUCAGUGGGUCAUGGGCAGAAGCCUCACUUCUGGGCUGACACAUUUGUUUUCUGUGCAAGACUCUAGUACUCUCCUUUCCUGCCUUAAUCAUGAAAACACACAUAUGAGUAGAGGAGCCACAAGAUCAAAGCCAUCAGGAAUAUUGAGUCCCAGCUUAGAGGUCAGGUUUUCUGAAGCCCCCAGACCUGUAAUGUACUUCGUGGGAAUGAAAAAUAAAUUUCAUGUUAAAGAAUGGA